CAUGCUUUGAACUUUGGUUGUUCGACUCGACUCACGAAUCUUCAAUCGAAUAUACACUAAUCGGUCAAUUCGGCGAACUCGUUUGUUGGAUCUUUGCGACAGGACUUCGUCACAAUCAGCCGCUUUUCUCAUUCUUCGAGAUAUCUUCCACAUCCUGCAGAUGGUACCUUCGUUGUUCUCGGGAGUUAUACUAAUGCAACACGGAAGAAUGCAGAAACAUCAUAUAGACAACAGUUGAUUGACAUCCAAAGAUGAGGGUGACGAUUGCUCCUACCAGCACUGGCUUGUGUUUAUCCAUUUGGGCCUUUGUAUUACUAGUAGCACAAGGAUACACUCCCUCCAAGCCACCCUUUCUCACUCGCUCGGAUCUGUGUGGCAUUUGGAAAUUGACACAGGAAUCACCAGCUGAUGAUUCUCCCAACGCCCAGAAAACAGCGGAAGAACAAGACAAGAGCGUUCUGGUGAUCAGACUGAAUGACGAUGGAACCUUUGAUCCCUAUGCUCGACCCGAAGAAGAAACUCUUGCCACGCCACCAAGAACUAGUGCAUGCGAAGAUAACAACAAUGUGCACAGCCUACUGGGAAGAGGUGGCUGCUGGGAAUACAAGGAUCAGAGUCUGGUGUUGGCAGCCGAUCGCCCUCCAACCAAACAGAAUUAUUUGGACAAACAGCGAAUUGUUCUGGACACUGUGUUGGAUGGGAAAUUGCAAGUUCAAGUCAGCGAAACUCUAACAGAAGAUUCCACACAGUCAUCACUGUUUUUAGCCGAAAAAGAAAACAGCGAUCCAUCCACAGGAGCAGCCACAACCAAACCCCAACUGGAUGUGCAUCUAUCGAUUCCAAAGGGUCAGAUUGUACAGGGCAAGUUCUUUUAUCCCAAAAAACACAAUGCAUUCUUUGACCAACCCAUGCUCUUUCAACCGGCUACCGUUGGGAACUUUUCCAUGCAACAAUUGCUCGGCAAUCUCAAUGCCCGCCUGGAACAGGAACAAAGACGUGACAACAACAAUAAACCCCAAGCCAAAUAUCACAAGCGCGAUUUCUACAAUCGCACGUUUUAUCUGACAGCGACCCCACAUCCUGUCAAUCGGGGAAUCGCUGCCCAAGACAUUUAUUACGACCAAGAAACAGCCACCCUCGAUAUCCGGGUCAUGCCCCUGACAUUUUAUCCCAACAAUACGUUUUCCGCCAUUGGCAAUGAAAAGAUACUCCGUGGACGCUAUGGACUCCAGGGGGGUGAACGAGACCGGCUGUGGUUCCAAGUGUCUCUCUUUGGUGCUGGACGAUCGGCGCCAGGGUCCGUCUUUUCAGAGGGACGAUUGCUGUCACAAGAUGAUCGAAGAGCAUAUGUUGGUGGGCCCAUUCAAGCGUACAACACGACUGUUGACAACCAAAAUAGGACGGCACUUUUUGUCGAAGGAGAGUAUUGCUACGGAUCCUUAAAGGCGAUCAAGCGCAAUUCCAUGGGGACGUUCACCCUUCAAGAAAUGCUGAAUAAUGAUGACGACCAGGAUGAAAUGGGUGACGACGAACAAGCAGAAGACAGGAACAAUGAUGGUUCUUCUUGGGACGACGAAGAUGCAUUUCAAUAAGCACAACAACAAAAGAGACGAAUGGCUGAAGGACAAGCCAAGCCGAGCCAAUUUUGAAGUGAUACCGUUCACAACUAGAAGCUCAAAUAGAAUUAGUUGACUGAAGCUCUAUCCGACUUUCACCACUCGAAAGCAUGAACGAAGAGCUAGCUACAUCGGUACCCCGGUGCUGAAAGUAUAAACCAAUUUGAAUCAC